UGUGGAAACAGGUAUGGGAAAGCAGAACCACCAAAAGGAGUGAUGACCAGCAAUCUCAUGAUAGAUCUGGAUGUUAGUUCUCAUGCCUCAGGAUAUCCAGUUGGGAACUCCACACCAGCUCUUGGGAUCAAACUUUCAUCUACUUAAUACCCUUCUUUACCUGAACUACUGACGCCAGCCCUAGCUAACUACGAAUGGCUACCCAAAGGAAACACUUGGUGAAAGAUUUCAAUCCUUACAUCACCUGCUACAUCUGUAAAGGGUAUCUGAUCAAGCCAACUACAGUGACGGAAUGCCUCCAUACCUUCUGUAAGACCUGUAUAGUUCAGCACUUUGAAGACAGCAAUGAUUGUCCACGGUGUGGCAACCAGGUUCACGAGACAAACCCAUUAGAAAUGUUGAGGUUGGAUAAUACAUUAGAGGAAAUCAUAUUUAAACUGGUCCCUGGACUACGAGAACAAGAACUUGAGCGUGAAUCUGAAUUUUGGAAGAAAAAUAAGCCUCAAGAAAAUGGACAAGAUGAUACUUCCAAAGUUGACAAACCUAAAGUAGAUGAAGAAGGUGAUGAAAAUCAAGAUGAUAAAGACUAUCACAGAAGUGACCCACAAAUUGCUAUAUGUCUAGAUUGUUUACGAAAUAACGGACAAUCAGGGGACAAUGUAGUAAAGGGGUUAAUGAAGAAAUUCAUUCGAUGUUCUACACGUGUAACUGUGGGAACUAUUAAAAAAUUUCUAAGUUUAAAACUAAAACUUCCAAGUUCUUAUGAGUUGGAUGUGCUGUGCAAUGGUGAAAUUAUGGGGAAGGAUCACACUAUGGAAUUCAUCUACAUGACAAGAUGGCGACUCAGAGGCGAAAACCCUGUUUCUCCCUUAGUUUUCACAAUCUCAGCAGUUCCAAGACUAGUAGUUCCAUUACUCCAGUUUCUCAGACCAAAAUCCCUGAAGUCAGUCCUGUUUCGGUGUCUGAACUGCUCAGCUUCGCAAGUCUGCCCUCAGGAUGGCCCUUUGUAUCAGUCAUAUCCCAUGGUAUUGCAGUAUCGACCAAGAAUUGAUUUCGGUUAGACCAAGGGGCCUAGAUCCCACUGAGAUCAAUCCUGCACUAUUUGUUUACUCAUGGACAGAUUGCACAGCGAACGGUGUGUGGACUAGAGGGACACAACCAGAUUUUCAGCAUGCAAAUAAGGCCAUUGUCUGUCUCUAAAUUGUCACUUGCAUUUAUGUUGUUUCUAUUAAGAGCAAACCAAGUGCCAUUCUGCUACUGAACCACCCGCGUAAGUUACUCGUGCUGUCUCGCAGUGUACAGGUCAUGACUGAGGCCAGCUGGGUGUGCAGCCCUGAUGCAGCCUUCGGGAUACUGUUUGCCUGUUCCAAGACUGUUCUAAUGUCUGAUUACACUAGUAAUAUAGCUCAGUCUUUGUGGUAUUACAGUUUUCACAUACUUAAUAUUUUAUUAAUUCUUGUUUAAAUAGAGUAUUGUACAAGAAACUAGUAAUUAUUAGGUCUCAAAAUUAUUUUGUAUGGGAAAUAUACUUACAAGGAUGGUUUUUGAGCCACUGUCCUGUUCUCAGUAAGCUUUCUGUGUGCAAAAUAGUUCAUCUUUUGGGAAGAAUCCCAAUUAUUCUUAACAUUAGAGCACAUUGUAAUUUUGGGCAUUUUAAAUCGUCUGUCAGUGUAGUCUACCAAUUGCACAAGGAGGGCAUGUUAGCCUCCAGAGUUGAAAAUGUGUGUGAUUCUGGGAGAACUGAACAACCAUUUGAAAUGUUGGCAGCUGAUCACACUUACUCCUAACAGAAUUAAUGUGUGAGUCAAGUUAAUCUUCUCUCGUAAUGCCUUAUGACAAGCGGGUGCUGCUUCAUGAACUGUCAUCGUGUAGCCCAUUUUAUGGAUGUAUCACUAUAUUGUUGCUCUCGUUUAAUGAGUACAUUGUUUCUCUUUUUAAGUUGGCCUUAAGUAUGUGUCACUGUGGCAUGCAGAGGGGUAUGAUGAUUUUAAAUAUUAGGAUCUUUAGAGCAGGUAACAUUAGCUAUUUUAUGGAUUUCAAAAGUUUCAAAGCAUUUGUAGAUUAAAACUGUCAGUUACCUAUCGCAUUUCCAAACCAUUUGCAAAAAUAGAAUAAAUGCACUGUAGUAGAUAAAUAUGCUAACCAAAAUUAAUGGUCUGAGGAUAUUCAUUUUAGAUCUUGUAGCAAUCGGGGAAAUGGGAUUACUGUUUUAUACAUAAAUUCAUUAGGGUCAGAGCUGUGAUAAUGUCCUUGAUUUUGCAGUUUUGUUGUCUUCCAUUCAUUUUGAGAUUAAUCUGCAAAUCAAAGAAAGUCUUGUACCUUAAAUUAUAUGAAGAACUUCAUUUUAAAUGUUUUAAAAUGUGUAUUUGUUUUCCAAAAAUGUCUUUGGAAAUUGUUUUAUUAAUUGCUUCAAAACAAGUUAACCUCUGAAACUUAGGAAAAAAACCUUGAAAGUUAGGAGAAAUAUUUAUUUUAGAAACCUGACAUGAGCACAAUCUGUGUGUUACACACAUAGUUUUUAUACUGUAUACAUGGUAGAUGUGCUACAUUUUCCAGUAAAAUGUAUCACAAAUUAAUGCCUUCUGAGUCUCAAAAUGCUUCUUAGAAGUAAAACAUUGUACAACUCUAAGAAACACAUACAAAUACAGCUAAGUCUGAUGCAUUUCACAAUACAAAAUGCUGAAAUAUCUUUUUCCAUAUAUCUUUGUUUCAUGUCAAAAAGUCCACAUUAAAGCUUUCUGUUGUUUUUGUUCUGACUUUUGUGAAAAAGGUUAUGGCAGUACUUUAAUUUCAUUUGUUAGGUUGUGUUUGUGCUGGGAAGGGCUCACAAGCAGAACUUAAAAAGCAGAUUUUUUUGGUUAAAAAUCUUUUUUAAAGGGUUGGAAUAGACCAUUCCUAUUGCACUCAGCCAAAAACUGAAUUUACUCUUUAGCUACAGAAAUAAUUUUAUGCCCUGAAUUCUAAUUCCCUGACAUCCCUAAGAAAUUUUAAAAUGUAUUAUAUUAAAAUGUUUUACAUAUGGAAGUUAAUUUUAAUUGACUUAAUGCAAAACGCACUGAGAGUGCAUUUUAAAAACCGCAAAUGAGACGUGGAUGUUUUUGGGUCCCCAGCCAAAGCCUACAACCUUAAGUGAGUUUUAUGUACACAGUCUCUUUAAAUCUGUCCUGUUGCUUCAUCAUAUGUAAUUUCACUAUUUUCCAAGGAAAUAUAUAGGAAGCAAUUAUGGAAUUUAGAAUAGUUUUAGUGUAUUAACAUUUUUACUGAAAUGCAAUGAAAUAUGUGCCAAAACAUGUGGAAACCUUACAUAAAGAAGGACAUCAGUUGCCAUUCGGGGCAAGGUGCACAUUGUAUGACAGUCCUGAGUCUUACGGUGUCACUGCUAGAACCACGGACUUCUUCACCCAGUCUCUUCCUAUCCAUUCACCUGUGACUUUCUAAGUGUGGGGCUAUUUUCAUACCUAGUAAUACACUAAAUCCCAGUUAAUUAUUCCCUAAGGUAGGUUGUGGAGUUUGCAAGAAACCAGGUAGAAAAAAAAAAGACGGACAACUUUUGUGGUUGGUUUUAAAAACUUAGGGUGCUAGUAAAACAAACUCUUUAUAUAAAUAACUUACAGGAAUAAUCAUCUGAAUCUGCAAAAUGGGAGAAUAAGUAAAACUAUGUUUUUCUUUAAUCUGUUAUUUCUUAAGCAGCAAACUGAAAGAGCUUGACGUCCAUGAAAGACUGUAACCUUUUCUUCUGCCUUGGAUGUUGUAUUAGUAACAGAGCCAGGGGGCCUUGGCUGUAAAGGCGCAUGGUUUAUAGGCACCACUUUAACUGAAGUAAUCACAUCAGUUAAUAGAAAAACCAGAACGUGGCCUUUUCUCUAGACUAACAAAGUACUUUCAAGAAGUACCAAAAAAAAUAAACUCAAAGGCUCAUUGAUGAGGUAAUAUUAGCUCAUUCAGUCUGGGGUACAGCUACCUCCGGUGAUGUCUUUUAACUACUUUUAGAAAAGUAUGUUAUUUCUUUAUUCAUUGAAAAUCUGUCCCAUACUAAUAUGCCACAUUUUAUAAAUGUAAUGAGUUUGCUCAACUAUAUUAUACACUCAAAUGUAACCUAAAUUUAAAUGAUUGUUUGAGAGGAAAAAAGGUGUGUUAUUUAAUACUAUGAACUGUUUAGCUUUACUGGAAUAUUUAAGAGAAAGUGCCUCAUUGCAGCUGUGCACAUCUGUUUUAGAUUUACUGCGUACAUCUGAGUUAUCUGUACCUGUCUCAUGAAUGACUUCAUAUCUAAAUAGGCACUUGUAAGUUAGAGUAAUCACUUUUUUUAAAGAGUUUCAUAAGAAAAUGCGUAUCACCAAAGACAUUUUACUGCUAAUCAAUAACCAUGUGGGAGAGACAGUUUUAACAGUUUGGAGGUUGGAAAUUUUUAGAUUGCAAUUUAAUUUUAUAUGAGGCAAUAACCUUGAGUGAUUGCUAAAAUAUCACCAAAGAAAGGCUUUAAAUUGAAUUUUCAUGGUGAAAUUAAUCAAAUACAGGUUUUUCUUACAGUUAGCAGAGCACACUUUCUUUCAAAUGUGCUUCUUGUUUUUCCAGCACCAUUUGACAGGUCUUAGGUAACCCUCAAAGGUGAGAAAGAGAUAAAUACAAUAGAUAGCCGCCUCUGGAGGGAAAGUGGGAGAAAGACAGACUUGGGAAAGAAAGUUGAAGUGGAGAUUUUAAAUUCUAAUUUCCUGAGAGCUCUUUUCUUCCAUGGAGGCAAUAGAAACAAAAAUCACGUUUACUUGGUUCCUGGGUCCUUAGUAACAGGAGAGAUUUUAUUAAAGACAGACUUUGGUAAAAGUGCUGGCAUGCUUGCUUGUCUAGAAAACAGUACAUUCUUUUGGACUCACAUACAUAAAUGCUUGUUCUGUAACAAAAGCAAAAUUUUCCUACAGGCCUCUUUCAACUCCCUGUCCUGUUUCUCAGUGGUUACUCUAUUGUUACUAGAAUUCAGCCACACAGCCAAUUUUAGCAAAAUGGGUCUCAGAUCUAGAGCACACACACAUCCGACUAAGCACUCUCCUCACACCGUUCUCCUGGGAGCCGUGCCGAGGCCACCUUAAAGGUGACGCUCGUGUCAUGGAGCCUCUGGAGGCCAUAGGCGAGCCUCUUGGACAGGACAGAGGCGGAGACUCUGUUACAGACCACGGUUUGUCACGAGGACUCUCCCAGCAGGCUGAGCUUGAUACAUAAGAUGUUGGUUGUAGGAGAAUUGCAGAAAUGAAGGAGUUUGCCAUAACUUUAAUUUUCUUGAUUAGAACCACAAAACCGAGAAAUGCUAUUAUUAUUUUAAGGUAUAUAUCUGUACAAUAAGGAACGUAACAUGUCUGCCGGAUGUGGCUCAUGAAGGAUUGAAAACGAUUAACUAUACCAGAGACUCUGAAACCCUUUGAAAGCACAAAAUAACCCACCAAUGCUGGUUUUACUUGAUAGAUAUAGUUCAGUAGUGUUUUGAUGGAAAAACAGGAGACUGAAAGUUCAUUGAAAUGUACGUAAAUAUACAUGACAAGGUUUUCACUGUUUGUUUUUCUACAGCAGUGGCACUUUCCCAGUAAUUUAAAAGGGAUUGUCUUCUUAGUGUAAAGUACUUGUCACAUAGUGUGUUACUUGUUCUUACUGUGCUUUCAAACAAGUCAAAUGCUUGAGCACUUCCUUUUCAGAAAGUUAUGAAAUUAAACUGAAAAGUAAUUUAAUUUUCAAUGCUCAUUAAAAUGUGUCUGUAUACCUGUUAUGCCCCUUUUCCUAGGAUCCAACACCGAGACAUUGUUCAGGAAUGCUUUUUACUUUUAACUACCUUUAAAUCUAGAAUCAAGUGGAACUGAUAUGUGUUACAUGCUGGGUCUAGUUUUCUUCCACCUUCCAGAGCUUCGUGGAAUAAGAAACGAGUCUAGUGCAAGUGAGGAUUAGCUGUUUGUGGGCAGGCUGUUUGCCCGCAGACGUCACAUCUGCCCACUGGAGCAGGAGGUCUGCACAUUGGAAAUGUGAUGGGAUCAGCCUUGUCUUGUUUGGGGUCAGUUUUCUUUUGCUGUGUUUUUUAGAAUGGGGAUGGGGCCCAAGUGUCCUUAGGAAGCUGUGGUCCACGGCAAGCGCCCGUGAGGGAGCCCCGGUGUCCUGCUGCGUCCUCGCGUCGGGCAACAACAGCGAGCACCAGUGUUGGGUAGAGUAGCCCUCACGCUAAACAAAACCACCAUAGAGUAUAGUGUACAGUUGUGUUGCUGAUUUUCCUUUGAAAUAUAAAAUAUUUUAAGCUUUUUUUUGUCAAAAGUGGUAACAUCUUAAUACAAAUAAAAAACCUUUUUGUGGUUGUAAGAUUUAGCUUAUAAAUCAUUCAAAUUGAAGUGAAAGAUUACCAGGUCAUUGUUAAUGACUUAGUCUAUUAAGAAUAUAUGUAUUUUUGUAAAGGAAAAGUACUUGUAGAUAUUUAAUCAGUACAAGAUGUAUGUCUGUUUUGCAGAAAUAAAAUGCUGCUUAGAGAUUCUCUUUAAAUAUUUUUUAUUUUUGUGCUCAAAUGUAUUUUCUGUUGAUCUAUGGAAUGUUCUGUACAAAGCUGUAUGGUCGUACUGUUGGGCUAGAAACUUCUGUUUUUUAAAAUCUGGACUUAGCCAAGUAUACUUGACCAUGUUAAAAAUAGUAUCUUUGUUAUUAAAAUUUUGAUUGCAUAA